AUGCAGCCACUCCUGCUCCUGUUGGCCUAUCACCUCCUUCCUGGAACUGUAGGAGAGGAGAUCAUUGGAGGUCAUGAAGCACAACCUCAUUCACGUCCAUAUAUGGCACUUGUUGUGUUUCUUCGUGAUGGUAAUGUGAAAAUAUGUGGUGGUUUCCUUGUGGAAGAAGAUAUUGUCCUGACAGCAGCUCACUGCUGGGCAAGCCCCAUGAAUGUCAUCUUGGGGGUCCAUGAUAUUUAUUUGCAAGAAAAUACACAGCAGAAUAUUCGUGUGAAAAAAGCCAUCCCCCACCCUAAUAAUGUGUGUUUUAGAAAUGACAUCAUGAUACUACAGGGAGACUCUGGAGGCCCCUUGGUAUGUAACAAUGUGGCCCAUGCUGUUUGUAGCUCUUUACCUGAAAAAGAUACUUCUCCAUGUAUCUUCACCAAAAUCACCAGUUUCUUACCCUGGAUAAAGGAAACAAUAAAAGGCCUUCACAUGGAAGAAUCACCCUGA